UCCUCCACCUUCUCUGAGAAGUUUAGAGCCGGCCCUUCCCAUUCUACACUCUUGUGUGUCUCCCUCUCUCGGCUCUGCACACAUAGGGAGAACUGGAACCUACAAACUUUUUACCAUUACAGUCUCUUUCUUCACUUCUCUGUGUUUUCUUCUUUACUUGCGUGUAAUCCUGCAUGAUCGCCACUAAGAAAACAUGACGCUCAAAGCAAUUGUUCUAACUUUUUUACAACUCUGUUUAAUAUGGACUGGAUCGCAAUCUCAGACGCCAACCAAGGCUUUGUACUAUAAAGACUGCCCUGUGGAUCUGUUUUUCAUCCUGGACACCUCGGAGAGUGUGGCUCUGCGGGUGAAACCUUUUGGCUCCUAUGUGGACGAGGUGAAGGACUUCACUGUCUCGUUCAUCGAGCAGCUCAAAGCCAGCUAUUACCGCUGCGAUCGCAGUCUGAAGUGGAAUGCAGGCGCUUUGCACUACAGUGAUGAAGUCAAGAUGAUCAAAGAGCUAAGCUCACUGCCGGACCAGAAAGUAGACCUGAACAAGAGAGUGAGAGAUGUGCAGUACAUUGGCAAGGGCACCUACACCGACUGCGCCAUCAAGAGGGGCACAGAGGAACUGCUGGUCGGUGGUUCCCAUCGCCGGGAGAACAAGUACAUGAUCGUGGUGACUGACGGGUACCCUCUGGAGGGUUAUAAAGAGCCCUGUGGAGGCCUGGAAGAUGCUGCCAAUGAAGCCAAACACCAUGGCAUCAAGGUCUUCGCCGUCGCCAUCUCUCCCAGUCACUUGGAAACCAGGCUGAAUGUAAUUGCAACUGACAACAGCUACAGGCAGAAUUUCACUGCGACUGGGAAUAUCCAGCAACAGAAAGAUGAGACCAUCCGCAACAUUAUCGACGUCAUCGUCAAAGAAUCAGAGCAAGUGUGCUGUUCCUUUGACUGCCAGCCACCAAGAGGUCCAGCAGGAGAAGCUGGAACAUCAGGAUUUGGGGGUGAAUCAGGAAGACCAGGCUUGCCUGGGGGAAAGGGUGAAGCAGGAGACCCCGGAAGACUGGGUGACAUUGGACCUAUCGGUUACCAAGGCAUGAAGGGUGACAAAGGGGGAAGAGGCGAAAAGGGGGAGAGAGGCAACAAAGGUUACAAGGGUGAGAAGGGACAGCAUGGAAUUGAUGGAAUCGAUGGUAAAAAGGGUGAAGCUGGGUUUCCUGGACUUCCUGGCUGCAAAGGAUCCCCAGGACUUGAUGGUGUGUCGGGAGGCUCAGGACCCAAGGGAGACCCCGGGCCCUAUGGUACCAAAGGAGGCAGGGGUGAGAAAGGGCGUGAUGGAGAAAGAGGAAGGCCAGGAAACAGCGGAAAUCUUGGCAACAAGGGGGAGCCAGGGGUGAGAGGAGUGAAUGGAGACAAAGGAGAAAGAGGUGAUGAGGGUGAGCCAGGCCCUGAUGGACCCAGAGGUGAAAAGGGCAGUCUAGGAGAAAGAGGAGCACCAGGAACACCAGGAGCAAGAGGACCUCGAGGAGACUUGGGCGAGCCAGGACCUCCAGGGGAACCUGGACGAGAAGGGUCCAUCGGACUGAAUGGAGAUCCGGGUGAAUCAGGACCUCCAGGACCAAAAGGCUACAAGGGAGAUGAAGGACCUCCUGGACCGGAGGGGGUCAAAGGACCAAAAGGAAUGAAAGGGGCACCUGGAGAUCCUGGUCUGAUGGGCGAGAGGGGGGAAGACGGGGCUCCAGGAAACGGAACUGAAGGAUUCCCCGGCUUCCAAGGUUACCCAGGUGCAAGAGGCGAUCCAGGCACUAAUGGCACCAAAGGAUACCCAGGACCAAAGGGAGAUGAUGGGGAGCCUGGGGACCCCGGUGCAGAUAAUGAUGUUUCUGGGCCUCCUGGACCAAAGGGUGCCAAAGGACACCGAGGGCAGGAAGGACCUAGCGGACCAGUUGGACCUCCAGGCCCACCAGGCGCUGAUGAAUGUGAAAUCUUGGAUAUAAUCAUGAAGAUGUGCUCGUGCUGUGAAUGUAAGUGUGGCCCCCUGGACCUCAUGUUUGUCCUGGACAGUUCAGAGAGUAUCGGCAUGCAGAACUUCCAGCUGUCCAAAGACUUCAUAAUCAAAGUGAUUGACCGACUGGGCAGAGACGAGAGAGUCAAGUUUGAUGAAAAUGAGUCCCGCGUCGGAGUGGUUCAGUACAGCCACAAACAGACAGAGGAACUCGUUGCUAUGGGCAGCGCAGACAUCAAGUCCAUCCAAGAUUUGAAAGAGGCUGUGAAGAAUCUGAAGUGGAUUGCUGGGGGAACCUUCACUGGGUCAGCACUGAGCUUCUCCAGGACCAAUCUUCUGGAUCGGUUCAGGCUGGAGAAUCGAUUCGCCCUGGUUCUGACAGACGGACGAUCAGACACAUUGCGGGACUCCACCCCCUUGAAUGAGCUGUGUGCAGUCAACACCCAGGUGGUUGCCGUUGGCGUCGGGGACAUUUUCAAGAAGCAGCCCAACACAGAGCAGCUUGGACAGAUCACCUGCUCGCGUGGGAUCAUCCUACAGAGGGACAACUAUGCAGAGCUGCUGGAGGACUCCUUCCUGCAGAACUUAACAGCACACCUCUGCCAAGAAAAGAAGUGCCCAGACUACACGUGUCCAAUCUCCUUUACGUCUUCAGCUGACAUCACCAUCCUGAUGGACAGCUCCACCAGCGUCGGGCACCGCAACUUCGUAACCAAGAAGCAGUUUGUGAAGCGGCUGGCGGAGCGCUUCCUCAUGGCAAAGAAGCCCUCCCAGGCGACGGUGCGCGUGUCAGUGGUGCAGUACAGCGGCAGCCAGCAGCAGAGUGUGGAGGUGCCCUUCUCCCAGAACUACACUGAGCUGGCCUCCGGGAUCGAGCAGGUCCAGUUCCUCAACUCUGCCACGGACGUGACAGCAGCACUGGACUAUGUGAUCUCGCAGUACCGGGGUGCUCGGGCCAAUGCCAAUAAGAAGGUCCUGAUCUUCUCUGACGGGCGCUCGCAGGGCAUCUCCGAAGAGGUGAUCCAGAAGAGCGUGGCAGAGGCAAGGGCAGCGGGCAUCGAGAUUUACGUGCUGGCCGUGGGCAGCCAGGUUAAUGAGGCCAACCUGCGUCUCCUGGUCUCAGAUAGGAAGGGAAUCUACAACGUGGCCUACGGAGCGCGCCACCUUUUUAGAGUGUCUGACUACCCCUCUCUGCUGAGAGGGGUCUUCUAUCAAACAGUAUCCAGAAAAAUCUCUCUGAUCAGCUGAGAUGGGGAUCCAUUGCUGGUGGGGUGGGG